AUGAUGAUGAUUCAACAUUUUUCUCUUGUGAUUGAUACCUUGAACAAUUGGGAGGGUCAUGAACUGGCUGGUGCAUUGUUGGCUGUAAUGUCUGUUGACAGGUAUGUGGCUGUCUGCAACCCUCUCCGCUACUCAACCAUAAUGAAUACUCGAAUCUGCUCAUUGCUGGUGCGUUGCAGUUGGGUUGUAGGGUUUCUGCUCAUUCUGGGUCCAGCAGCUGCAUUAUUUCAGAUGUCAUUUUGUGGCCCAAAUGUCAUCAACCAUUUUUUCUGUGACAGCGGCCCUUUAAUCAAGCUUGCUUGUGUUGACACGAGUCUACUGGAACUUAUGGAUUUCCUGAUUGCUAUGUUGUCCCACAUUGGGACUUUAGCAGUAAAUCUUGUGUCCUACAUCCAUAUUAUUUGUAGCAUCAUGCACAUCCCAUCAACUGCAGGGAGGCAGAAGGCCUUCUCUACUUGCUCUUCCCACAUCACUGUGGUCUCCAUCACUUAUGGUAGUUGCAUUUUCAUAUAUAUGAAGCCAAAAGGCAUCAGCAGGUUAGACUUCAGUAAGUCAGUGGCUGUACUUAACACUGUUGUAGCUCCUCUUAUAAUACCAUUCUAA